GAGUGUGAUGGUCUGGAGGCUGGCGCACCAGACAGCCUGACAGCCUCCCUUCAGGUGUCAGUCUGGACCAUGGGAAAGAUUAUGGGGUAGGAAGCUGCGGGAGAAAUGGCGGUGCGGGAGUUGGGAGGGGGCGCCGGGAGCCCACGGGUGUGUGUAUGUGGGGGGUGCAAGGCUGAUGUCCAGUUCUGGGGCCAGCUCAGCUGGUGGGUGGUGAGUCGCCUUGGCUACUAGGGCUCUGGUCUGUUUCCGGAGAGGGGCCCUUGUACCCUGCGUCCUGGGUGCUGUCCCUUCCCACAGGCUCCUGCUUGAUGGCAAAGUCUCCUCUCUGCGCGGUAGGUCUGGCGUACUCUGACAGGCCACAGUGAGCAUCUGUAGACCAGAGGCUUGAGGGAAGAGGAACAGGAAAAUGACCUGGAUUUCUGGAGGUCUGCUUUAAGGCUGGUCAGUUCUGCAAGAAAGAAAGAAGACAUCGAGGAGACUGUCUCAGAUCUCUGGAAGUUGGUGAGAAUCAGGGGCAGUGCAGGAGCCAGGCCUGCUUUAAGGCUGGUCAGUUCUGCAAGAAAGAAAGAAGACAUCGAGGAGACUGUCUCAGAUCUCUGGAAGUUGGUGAGAUCAGGGGCAGUGCAGGAGUCAGGCCUGCUUUAAGGCUGGUCAGUUCUGCAAGAAAGAAAGAAGACAUCGAGGAGACUGUCUCAGAUCUCUGGAAGUUGGUGAGAUCAGGGGCAGUGCAGGAGUCAGGCCUGCUUUAAGGCUGGUCAAUUCUGUAAGAAAGAAAGAAGACAUCGAGGAGACUGUCUCAGAUCUCUGGAAGUUGGUGAGAUCAGGGGCAGUGCAGGAGUCAGGCCUGCUUUAAGGCUGGUCAAUUCUGCAAGAAAGAAAGAAGACAUCGAGGAGACUGUCUCAGGUCUCUCAGGCCUGCUUUAAGGCUGGUCAAUUCUGCAAGAAAGAAAGAAGACAUCGAGGAGACUGUCUCAGGUCUCUCAGGACUCCCUGCCCUUAUCUGUUGGUCUUAAUACCACCUGAACAUAGAAAAGUGGAGAGAAUCGCACCACAUCGAGGAAGAUCAGCUGCAGUGGCUGCUUGGUGGUGCUGGGGUUGCUGCUGACCAGUGCAAUCAACAGGUCUGCACCCACCUAGGACCUGUCCAUCCUCCUCUGGCUCGGUUUCGCCUCUUCUGAACUGUAUCUGUGUUAUUGACUGAGAUUGUGCUUGGGUAGGAAUCUUAUUGGUGCCAGAUUGGUGGUUUACCCCUGCUACUCACUCUAUCUCUUGGAUCAUCAAACAGUCAGUGUGUGAAGAUACAGUGCUGUGGCAGAUCUAUUUUUGAGACUGGGGCUUUGGUAGGCAUUCUUAAUUGAGCCUUCUCUCUAAUUUUUACCAUGACUGGGGCAGAAGUUGAGACUGGGUCUCAGGCCAAACCUGAUAAGAAGCCUCAGGAAGAGGUUGUGGGUGGGGCUGAUCGAGAAAGUGAAGUCCCUCUGGUGGUCAGACCCAAAGUCAGGCCCCAGGCUCCAGCAACAAGUGGAGCAAGGCCCAAAACUGAAUCAAAAUCUUCAUCUCGGGCAAGGCCUAAAACUGAGCCCCAGUCAGGGUCUGGAACGAGACCCAAAAAUGGUGCCCAGGCACUGCCUGGAGCAAGGCCUAGAUCUGAGGCCCAGGUAAUGACUGGUGCCAGGCCCAAAACUGAUGCCAGGGCAGUAGGUGGUGCUCGCCCUAAGACUGAGGCCAAGCCAAUCCCGGGAGCAAGGCCUAAGGAUGAUGCCCAAGCAUGGGCCCAGAGGGAGGCAAUGUCACGGGCUAGGAGAGCACCAUUAUCUAAUGCUGUCACAUGGCCACUGGUCAAUGCUGAGUCUGAGUCUUCAUCAGUUACUAAAUCUAAGAGUAUGUCUAUGGAUAGAGAACUGGUCAAUAUGACCCAGGGUCGGGCUGGAAUCCAGCCCUGGUUUGGACCAGGAGAGGAGGCUAAUUCGGGUUCUUGGUGCUAUCCCAGGCCCAGAGCCAGAGAGGAGACUUCUAAUGAGUCUGGGUUUUGGUCAGCAGAUGAAAGCUCUACAAUGUCUUCUUUCUGGACUGGAGAGGAGACCAGUAUCAGAUCAUGGCCCAGGGAAGAGGCAACUACUAGGUCCAGGCACAGGGCUAAACAUCAGACUAAUGCCAGGUCCAGGCCCAGGUCCAAACCAGAGCCCUAUAUUGAUUCUGGGUCUGGGUCUGAGGAUGAGGCGGGGAACCCAUUCGGCUUUUGGGCUGGAGAAAACACCAAUGACUUGUUUAGGCCCAGAGGCAGGGACGAGGCAAAUGAGAGACCUAAGAUCAGGACAAAGAGGGGGGACUAUUUCCAAUCUGAAUCUGAAGAUGAGUUCUAUAAAGAGUCCUGGGUUUUGCCUGGGGAAGAAGCUAAUAGAUUCAGACGCAGAGACAAGGAAGAGUCUAAUCACAUCUUAAAAAACAGGAACCCAAAAGAUGUUGAAAACAGUGACAGGGCCAAACAAGAAUCCAGGUUUGAGGAGGAAGUGAUUAUUGGCUCCUGGUUCUGGGCAGAACAAGAGACUAGCUUGGAGGCUGGAGCUUCAGCAAUCUGUGAAUCUGAACCAGGGGCUGAAGAGGGAGCCAUUGGUGGAUCUUUGUUCUGGACCGAAGAAAAGCCCACUUUGGGGGCUGCGGCCAGAGAUGAGGUCAGGCCUGAGUCUGAAGAAGAGGCCAUAUUUGGGUCCUGGUUCUGGGAUAGAGAUGAGGCCUGCUUUGACCUAAAUCCCACUCCUGUGUACAAGGCCAAGAGCAGGUUCAGAAAUUCAGCUGAGGAGCUUAAUGUAGCAUCUAGGCCCAAAACCUGGGAUGAAGUUACUGUUGAAUUCAAACCUGGUAUUUGCCGUGGGCUUGGCUUCCCCUUUAGAAUCUCUGAAGGGGAUUCUGAAAAUUCUGAGGCAAAAGCCAAGAAUGCAGAACUUGGUGCAGAAGGGGAAGAGCAGGAAUCUGGGCUUCAGCCUGAUCUGCCUGAGCCCGAGUUCCCAUUUCAGUAUGAUCCCUCUUACCGAUCAGUUCAGGAAAUAAGAGCACACCUCAAGGCCAAGGAAAGUACACAGCCCGAGAAUUGGUCUUGCAGCUGCAUACAGUGUGAGCUUAAAAUUGGCUCUGCAGAGUUUGAAGAGCUCCUUCUGCUAAUGGACAAAAUUCGUGAUCCUUUUAUCCACGAAAUAUCUAAAAUUGCAAUGGGUAUGAGAACUGCUUCUCAGUUUACCCGUGAUUUCAUUCGAGAUUCUGGUGUGGUCUCACUUAUUGAAACCCUGAUGAAUUAUCCUUCCUCCCGAGUUAGGACUAACUUUUUGGAGAAUAUGAUCCACAUGGCUCCACCUUAUCCGAAUCUAAACAUGAUUGAGACAUUUAUAUGCCAAGUGUGUGAGGAAACCCUUGCACAUGGUGUGAAUUCACUUGAGCAGCUAACUGGAAUAAGGAUGCUUAGACACCUCACAAUAACUACUGAUUAUCACACACUGAUUGCCAAUUAUGUGUCUGGCUUUCUCAACUUAUUGACCACGGGUAAUGCAAGAACAAAGUUUCAUGUUCUGAAAAUGCUGUUGAACUUGUCUGAGAAUCCUAUGGUGGCAAAGAAACUAUUCAGUGCCAAAGCUCUGUCAAUAUUUGUGGGUCUCUUCAACAUAGAGGAGACAAACGAUAACAUUCAGAUUGUUAUCAAAAUGUUUCAGAAUAUCAGUAAUAUUGUCAAAAGUGGAGCAAUGUCUUUAAUUGAUGAUGAUUUCAGUCUUGAGCCACUUGUUUCUGCAUUCCAUGAGUUUGAAGAGCUGGCUAAACGACUACAAAUCCAAAUAGACAAUCAAAAUGAUCCCGAGGAGGGACAGUAAAGUCAGUGUGAUUAACCACCUGCCACUGAUCAGCCUUAUGUUCCCAAAGAGCCCCAAAUAGUGCUUUGGUGUUCCCAGUCUGGUUCUGUGUUGUAACUUAUAUUUUUAAUGCUAAUGUUAAACUUGUCAAACUCUUGUUGUGAGCUGGAUCAUUUGUGGAUGCCAAAAUGAAUAUCAGAACUGAAAACACAUUUGUUGCUAUUUGUCUUACUGUCCAGAUUGUGGUAUUUUUAGUGUUGAGCUCCCAGUGAACCAAGUCAUAUGAGUAAGCUACCCUGCUAUGUGUUCUUUAAACAUGUGGUUCUCUACUUGAGUCUGUGUUUUCAAUAAAGUUCAAUGUUGAAAUUGCCA